AGCCUUGUAAAUUCCAGCAAGACCUCUCAGAGCAGAAGGAAAGCGUGAGCUUGAGCCAAAAAUCAGGCCAAGUGGAACAGGAGGAAAUGUCAUCAUUGGUAAAGGAGGACUUGCAGAAGAAACUGUUCAAGCCACUCUCGCAGAAUCUGUACGAGUUUAUAGAAAUAGAGUUCUCGGUCCAGGACAGGUAUUACCUCUGUGUGUCAGUGACCAAAAAUGAAGAAGUUAAAAUAAUUAUGGUGAAACACUACAGAAUAGGUUUAGAUGAAAAAUAUGAAGUAACAAAAAAGUGGUCUUUGAAUGAUCUGCAAAUGAUUGAUGGAAAAGAAGCAGAUACAGACAAUCCAUUUUUUGAUCUGCACUUCAAGAAAGUGUACAGUUUAGAAGCAUAUAGUUGUGCUUCUAAAUAUGCCUUCGCUCGAACUGUAAAUAAGCUGAAUCAUGCAUACCUGAAGAAAGACUUACAGAUUGUGAACUUUGAUUCUACUUAUAUUAAUGAUGAUUCCAUUUGGUCCUCCAAUAACAAGGAUUGCUUGGUCCUCAUGAGAAUAUGCUUUUAUGCUUUCAAUCUUGUGUGCUUGUCCCUAUGUCCCCUGCCACUUUGAAGAUACAUUCUAUAUUCCUUCAUCAGUGCCCUAGAAAGGUAGUUUACCAAGUAAGUACUGAUAGUCAAAAAUUUUUCCCUUCAUCAGUAGCAAUUAUUUAUAUGAAAAUAAAGUGAU